GUCUUACUGGGACUAACGGAUGAAGACCUGGAGCUGGGUUUGGGCGUCAACAGUUUAAUGCACCGCCGGAAACUUCGCCUGGCCAUAGAGGAUUACAGAGAGGCUGAGAAUGGCAAAGAGCUGUCAAAGGCCUGCAGAUUUGGACCACCACUGGGUGGCCAAGGCCUGGUUAAGUGACGUGGGGCUGCCUCAGUACUCCCAGGCUUUUCACACUCACCUGGUGGACGGGCGGAUGCUGAACUCCCUGACCCGCCGUGACCUAGAACGUCACCUCAAUAUCACCAAGAAGUUCCAUCAGGUCAGCCUGUUGCUGGGCAUCGAACUGCUGCAGUCGCUCGACUUCAACAAAGAGGUGCUGCAGGCUCGUCGGACACAGUGUGAGCACCAGAAUGAGGAUCCGCUCGUAUGGACGUCUCAUCGCGUCACAAAAUGGAUCAAAGAUAUUGACCUCAAGGAAUACUGCUGACAGCCUCCUCAGUAGUGGAGUUCAUGGAGCUGUUAUGAUGCUUGACCCGUCUUUCAACACUGACUCAAUGGCUACAGCACUGGGAAUUCCCAGCAACAAACACAUGGUCCGGCGACAUCUUGAUGAGGAGAUGAUGGCACUGAUCGGCUCAGCCAGAGCAAAUACACAGCAAAGCUAUGAUCUUUCAGGUGCGGUAACGCCACCUACGCUGCUUCGGCAGAACUCUCUGACCAGACCUCCCAGCUCUAACACCCGACACACGGAUGACUGAGGGUUCUUUAAGAAGGAGGGCUGUGAAGCCUCCAAUAGGGCUCAGCCCCAAAAAGCGGGGUGGGCGGGACCUGAGUUGCCAUAGCAGUUUUGGCUCCUUACCACUGGAAGUUCGAGAUCACACUCCCUCCAGAUCCGAAGGAAGCCCAAUCCGAGGAUACUCAAGCAUCGAGAUCACAAACGUGUGAUGGCAAUAGAGCUGAAAAUGCAGUGAAUACUCUGCUACAUAUACAGGACAGAUUGCACUUUGAAUAAAAGAGUAUGUUUGUUUUUUUCUUGAUUUAAGUAAAUUGUGCACAAGCAAUUAUUUGCUGGUUUGGACUGUCACUUUUUCUUUUGCUCUAAUGUCAGAGAACUGACAGACUUAUUUUUCUAUUAUGUGUAUUAAUGUUUCUUGGUGGUUUGCUUAUGUUGACUAACACUUACAGUCAAACCGAUUAUUCUACCCAAAGAAUUGACUCUUUGUAUUAUACAGGCUACUUAAAGAUUAAAAAAAGAAAAGGAUUACGGUGUUAAAUGCUCUUGUUUCAUCCUGUUCUCUCCAUUGUGACACCUUCUUAAUGUGGUGGACAGUUGAGAAAAAUCUAAAUAAAAUUUGUAAGUUUUUAUGUGUAAAAUUUUUUAUGUACAAUUACACCAUUGUGUCUGAAGAAAUGUAGCACCUCCUUUGGAGAUCUAUCCCGUGCAGUAAAUAUUACAAUGCCAACAAAAGAUGUGUGCUGUAAUAAAAUGAAAUGAAAGUUUUGAAAAUGAAAGGAUAAAGAAUGCUUGUGAUCAAAUAAAGAUCAUAAUUCAAAUACAUCUGGACCAGUGAAAGUAAUUUUUCAAAUAAUACAAAAAAAAAACAGAUGUUUCUCAAAGACACAAUGAGAUGAAACUAUAUUUCCCUUGCAAUGUUAUUGAUGAAGUAAUAUCGUCCUUCAGAUGAUGGGAGAUUAAACAGGAUGGGACCAUCAUCUGUUAUUGUUUGACAACCAAGAGGCAGGAGGAGUUAACAAAGAAAUCGAAAGUUUUGUUUAAGCUAAAGCUUUUGAAUCUUGUCAAUGAGUAAUUAAAAGAGUACUUGACCUUAAACACUAUUUAUCUGGUAUUACAUCUUUGAAGAUCUUUCACAUUGUAGGUCACAACUUAAUGAUAAAGAGAGUAUCUUAUAGAUGAGUUCCAGAGCACUCACAUUUUCUCCAACACUAUUUUUUUAAUCUGAAUGUUGUUGAUACAUUUGUUUUUCUGGUAGCACACAAGAAGUGGUACUUCCCAAACUCAAAAAAGCUUUCAGUACUGUACAAAAUUCACUUGGCAACUUAUAAUCUGCUUUGAAUCCAGUCACAUUCAAUUUUUAAACUCAAGAUCAAAGCUGAUAAGUUGCAUACCUAUAACAAUCUUGCUGGAUUGGGGAUUUUCUCUUAGGCUAAAUAUCUUUGUAUUCUAAUUGACAAAAGGCUCAUAUUUAGACCAAACAGUGGCCUUUAUUUUGCAAUAAAUGUUGUUUCUGCAACCUUUCACCCAUUUUGCUUUAUGGGGAAGUUGUAUGCAUGCCUACAUAUUUCCUUUAAGAGACUGUAUAUGGUUGACUUAGUAUGUCAUGGUACUCUGAGUUUUAAAACAAGUCUCAAAGUGCCACUGUUUUGAUAUGAGAGGGUAUAUUACUCUCCUCUGUCAACCAGAAGACUAAACCAAUACUAUAUAAUAAUUCAUAAAGCAAUUAUUAGAAUUCUGUAUAGUUACCUGCUAAGUUAUAUCAACUAAAACACUCCUUAUGCUCACAGAACAUUUAUCCUUUCGAAGUCCCAUUGACCUGGAUUGAAUUGGAGAAGUGGUCUUGUCAACAUGCAGCUCUAUCUGCCUGGAAUUAGUCGCAGAAUGUCUUAAAUUUCCAAGAGCUGGUCUCUCUGAACACUUUUAAGUUCUUAAAGAACCUUGAAAGUAAUACAUUCUGAUGCAGAUGCUUCUCAAACCUGAUUGUACUCUUUGUUGUACACUUUAAUGUUUAAGUUUUUGUGUGUGAAACUGUCCCUGUGCUGCUGUUUGGCCAUGCAUCUCUUGUAAUAUAGAUUUUUAAUCUCAAUGAGAUUAAUGUUUUCUGGUGAAAUAAAGGUGAAAUGAGAAAUCAG